AACAUAUUGUGAUCUUUUUAUUUUAAAUUGAAUUAAUACGUAAAAUUAAAUAAAACAAUGUCUGAAAACACUUCCGAAGACAAAACCGAUGAUAAAGUUAACAAUAACGUGUGUGAAAAUGAAACAAGUCCGGUUCAAAAUGAACUUAAUAACAAGUUGAAAAAUCGAGUAAAAAAUUACAUCAAAAAAUUGGAAGACACAGGUUCUGUAACAACAAAAGAUGAAAGCGAAAAAAUGGAAAUAGAAACAUUCAAACAACUUUACAAACCAAAAUUAGAGGGAAAUCAAGAAUCAUACAAAAAAAUACCAAAAUUCUACUUCAAACUUCCAAGAUCUGAUGAAGUAUUGGCACAGAAGUUAAGAGAAGAGACUAGAGCUCAGUUUUUACAGAAGAAAAGCAAGGAAUUGUUGGAUAAUAGUGAAUUGAAACAUUUAUGGAGUCUUUUAGAGAAAUCGAAUGCAAAUUACACUCCGUCAAGUAAUGAUGAAUUGACAAUAGAUUAUAUUCAGUAUAGGAAAAUUAGGGAUGAGGCUGGCCCUAAAUAUAGACCGUACUUCACAGCAGAAGUGUUUGGCCGUCUCCAAGCAGCUGAGGGUGGUUUUGGCAAAGUCCGUGGUGUGUCUUUAUUUAAUUAUGUAAUGAGACGCGUCUGGCUGCAACAGACAAGGAUUGGUUUGUCGUUGUAUGAUGUGACAGGACAAGGAUAUCUUACUGAACAUGACUUAGAGAGCUACAUAGCAGAGUUAGUGCCAUCUCUAGCGGCCCUGGAUGGUCUAGACUCCUCAUUCAGUUCAUUCUAUGUGUGCACCGCAGCAAGAAAGUUCUUGUUCUUCUUAGAUCCAUUGCGAGUGGGCAGAGUUAGGAUCAGAGAUGUAUUGAGCUGUUCCUUUUUGGAUGAUUUGUUAGAGUUACGUGAAGAAGAUCUACCUAUGGAGCUCCAGGAACAGAACUGGUUCAGUGCAGCAUCCGCUCUGAGGGUUUAUGGACAGUACCUCAAUCUGGAUAGAGACCACAACGGCAUGCUCAGUAUUAAUGAAUUAGCAGGGUAUGGUUCAGGUACACUGACCCGUGCGUUCCUGCAGCGCGUGUUCCAGCAGUGCCUGACGUACGACGGUGAGAUGGACUACAAGACAUAUCUGGAUCUAGUCCUAGCUCUGGAGAACAGGAAGCAGCCCGCAGCACUGGCAUAUCUCUUCAGAGUAUUAGAUAUCAACUCGCAGGGAUAUCUUGAUGCUUUCACCUUGAAUUAUUUCUUUAAGGCAAUACAAGAACAAAUGGUUGCCCACGGCGCGGAACCUGUCAACUUCGAUGACGUAAAAGACGAGAUCUUCGACAUGAUCAGACCUGAGCAUCCCUCCAGGAUCACUCUGCAGGACCUGGUGCGCAGCGGGCACGGCCACACUGCUGUCUCCAUACUGCUGGAGCUGCACGGCUUCUGGGCAUACGAGAACAGGGAGGCUCUGGCUGCUGCUGGAGAUCAUAGUUGACAGAUGCAUUUUGGUGUUAAAAAAUUUGAUAUAUCCUCACUAUGAAGGUAGAUUCUGGAGCAUCGCGCAUGAUAACCCAAGGUAAAUAUGGGAAAGUGAAUUAGUAAGAGGAGGGGACAUAUAGGAAGGGGAAUGACAAUUUUACUAAUAUAAAUGUGUCAGUUUGAAUGGAUGUUUAUUAAAAGAUAUCUCCGGAACAGUUCAAUGGA